AUGAUAAAACAUAUGACGGAUAACCAACUUCUUAACCGCCAGCAGUACGCCUACCAGCCUGGGCGCUCGACGGUCGACGCUGCACGGGACGUGGUGGCGCGCGUUCUCCAGCAUCUCGAGGACGGGCGACAGGUCGCAGCUGUGUUCUGCGACUUGUCGCGCGCUUUCGAGAUGAUUGAUCACGCGCUUCUGCUAGACAAAUUGUCACGAUACGGCUUCACAGGCGGUUUCUAUGACACGAUCGCCUCAUUUUUAAAUAACCGUAGCCAAUGUACUAGCGUCAAAAAUUCAAGGUCAGAAAUGGAACCGAUAGGCGGCUGCUCUGUUCCUCAGGGCUCGUCUAUGGGUAAUAACCUGUUUUUAGUGAUAAUGAAUGACAUAACAUCUGCCUGCGACGAUCCAGAGUACGUAAUGUUCGCGGAUGACACGUGCAUUAUUGUUAACGCUGACAACAUUGAUCAACUGAAAUCCACUUUAUCUAUAGUAAUGUUAAAAAUAUGUAGAUGGUUCUCGGCUAACGGAAUGUUACUCAACGUCGACAAAACUAACAUUAUCCACUUCAAACUAAAAAAUAAUGAUAACAUUGAACUUGAUAUCUCAAUAAAUGAUGUACCGGUUCCACAGACCAUAUUUCAACCUAGUCUUAAAAGUAAUGCAAAAUAUAGCACCGUACAAAGUACAGCUAAUUUGGAAACAUCGUAA